CGGAGGCCAGGAGACUGCGCCUCAGCAGAUCGUCAGCAAGCCAAGGUUUCGCCACGGACGAAAUCCUACCAGCCCUUGUUCUGGCCUGCUACAUGAAAGAAGGAAUGAGGACAAGUGUUGAAGCAAUCCUGUUGGUGCAAGAGCACAAUCACCCCCACAUUCUGCUGUUGCAAAUUGGGAAUACAUUUUGCAAACUUCCUGGUGGACGGUUGAAGCCUGGAGAAAAUGAAAUCGAGGGCCUGAAAAGAAAGCUGUCCAGCAAACUUGCAGUGAAUUCUCCUACUUUUCCACCUAACUGGCAGGUUGGUGAGUGUGUUGCUGUCUGGUGGAGGCCAAACUUUGAGACUGUGAUGUAUCCUUACUGCCCUCCGCAUAUAGCCAAGCCCAAGGAGUGCAAGAAGCUUUUCAUUGUUCACCUGACUGAAAAGGAGUAUUUCGCUGUUCCAAGGAACCUGAAGCUACUUGCUGUUCCACUGUUUGAGCUCUAUGACAAUGUUCAGUGGUACGGGCCUGUCAUUUCCACCAUCCCGCAGCAGCUGUCCAAGUUCCAGUUCAACAUGGUGAGCUCGUAAGGGUCAUGGGACGGCAACACAUCAAGAUGGACAUUUGACAUCAAACCGGCUAAUCAACUUAGCAUGACUUGUUUAUUCAGUGACCAAGUUUUCAUGAAUUAUGCACAAGCUUAGUAGGCAUGCACUCCGACUGUCUUUUAUUUGGCGGUUUCUGUUAUUGCUAGAUAAUUUCUGGUUGUUCUGCUGCGCUGA